CCCUCGCCUGGUCAGUGUAAGCAGACAUGUCUCAUCGCAAAUUCCAUGCCCCCCGCCAUGGGCACAUGGGUUUUCUGCCCCGCAAGCGCAGCAGGAAACAAAGGGGUAAGGUACGUACAUGGCCCAAAGAUGACCCCAGCCAUCCUGUCCACCUCACUGCCUUCCUGGGAUACAAGGCUGGCAUGACCCAAACCCUCAGAGAGAUUCACCGUGUUGGCCUCAAGCAAUCAAAGCGAGAGGAAAUAGAGGCUGUCACCAUCAUUGAGACUCCCCCGAUCAUCGUGAUGGGGGUUGUGGGAUACAUUCGGACUGUGCGUGGCUUGCGUACCUUUAAGACCAUCUUUGCCGAGCAUCUCAGUGACGAAUGCAAGCGCAGAUUUUACAAAAACUGGUACAAGAGCAAGAAGAAGGCUUUCACCAAAUACAGUAAGAAGUGGCAGGAGGAGACAGGAAAAAAACAGCUGGACAAGGAUUUUGCCUUGAUAAAGAAAUACUGUUCAGUUGUCAGGGUUAUUGUUCACUCCCAGAUGCGAUUGCUGCCUAUAAAGCAGAAAAAGGCCCACAUCACGGAGGUGCAGCUAAAUGGGGGAAGCAUCUCGGACAAGGUGGAUUGGGCAAAGGAGCGUCUGGAGCAGGCUGUGCCCGUUUUUGCCGUCUUCAACCAGGAUGAGAUGAUCGAUGUCAUUGGUGUCACCAGGGGUCAUGGCUUCAAAGGUGUAACAAGUCGCUGGCACACAAAGAAGCUCCCAAGGAAGACUCACAAGGGUCUGAGGAAGGUUGCCUGUAUUGGAGCCUGGCAUCCUGCUCGUGUAAACUACACCAUAGCUCGUGCUGGUCAGAAGGGCUAUCAUCACCGUACGGAGCUCAACAAGAAGAUCUACCGUAUUGGUAAGGCUGUCCACAUCCAGGAUGGUAAGGUGAUCCGGAACAACGGUUCCACUAACUACGACACCAGCCAGAAGACUAUUACCCCCAUGGGAGGCUUCCCACACUAUGGUGAAGUGAAUAAUGAUUUUAUCAUGGUGAAAGGCUCUGUUGUCGGAGCUAAGAAACGUGUCCUCACCCUUCGAAAGUCUUUGCUUGUGCACACAUCUCGCAAAUCCAAGGAGGCUAUUGAGCUCAAGUUAAUUGACACCACUUCCAAGUUUGGACAUGGUCGCUUCCAGACUGCCCAGGAGAAGAGGGCUUUUAUGGGGCCACUGAAGAAGGAUGCCCUGAAGAAACUGCCAGAGCCUCUGCCAGAAGAGGCCUGAAUGAACUGAUUAUGUUCUCAUGCAGUAAUACAAUAAAGUUUGUAUACAUAGAGAA